CUGCGGAGGGACCCCGUUUGGGACGGCGAAGCGUUGCUGUUCACCGUCAUACCGGCCUCCAAGAUCCUGCGCUACGACCCCAAGACCGGCGAAGUCUCCGAGUACUUUGACGAGGCUUUCAACACCAACGGCCUGUGCUUUGACGCAUCGGGCAACCUGUAUGGCUGCCAGCAGGGCCGGCGGCGCAUCGCCCGCUUUGACGCCGGAAGCAACACCGCGAUUUCGAUGCCCCACCUGCUGGACGGCAAACGGCACAACAACCCCAAUGACCUGGUCGUCGACAAGUCGGGCCGCAUCUGGUUCACCGACCCGUAUUCGGGCAUCGGCAACAGCGGGCCGCAGGAGCUCGACCACAUGUCGGUGCUGCGGUUGGACCCCAAGGGCAACGACCAGUGGGAUCUCGUAAGAGCGACCACCGACAUCAGCCGGCCCAACGGGAUCCUGAUCAGCCGCGACCAACGCACCCUCUACAUCGCCCAGAGUGAUUACGGCGCGGACCGCCGCCGCGAGCUGCGCGCCUAUCCCAUCAACGACGACGGCUCAUUGGGUGAGUACAAGACGCUCCACACCUUCGGCAUCGAUGGCGGCGCCGCGGAUGGCGACCUGCGCGGCCAGGGCAGCCAGGGCGUGCAGCGGGGCGUGGAUGGUAUGACGCUGGACGAAGACGGCAACAUCGUCGUCUGCGCCGGCUGGGAGGCUGCGGGCCCGGGCCCGCAGAUCUACGUCUUCUCUCCCGAGGGCCGCGUGCUCGAAACCCAUCCCAUGCGGGUCGACCGGCCCACCAACUGCUGCUUCGGCGACGCCGACAUGAAGACGCUGUACGUGACCACCGGCGGCGGCCACCUCUUCCGCGCCCGCACCGGCCGCACCGGCUGGAUCAUGUGGCCAUAA